CUGCAGCGCAACAGUUCAACUGAUGUUGCUAGGUGUGGUUCUGUGGGUAUAAAUACCACUAAAGCUUUCCUCCUACUCGCUUGCUGUGUGCGUUCGGUCUUGGUUUAGCUGUUGUGUUGCCAAGGUGUCAACAUGUCCUUCGUCAGUUCUUUUCUCGAGCAGCUUGCCUAUCAGGGCAUGCAAGAUGUGCAAGAUGUCACAGAGGGACAGGGGACAGUAAGGCCCUUUGCGCAAUUCAAUGCAGCUGCAGAUGUAGCUGUCCUGGAAAAAGCUAUCAAGGCAAAAGGUGUGGAUGAGGCCACAAUCAUUGAAACGCUGGUCCGCAGGAGUAAUGCCCAGCGCCAGCAAAUUAAGGCUGCCUACCAGAAAGCCAGUGGCAAGCCUCUGGAUGUAGCCAUAAAAGCUGCCCUUAAAGGUGAACUGGAAGAUGUGGUUCUGAGCCUACUGAUGCCUCCAGCUCAAUAUGAUGCCUUUCAGCUCAAACAUGCCAUGAAGGGUUUAGGCACAGAUGAGGAUACACUUACUGAGAUUUUGGCUUCCAGGACCAAUAAAGAGAUCAGACAGAUUAAAGAGACUUACAAACAAGACUACAAAAAUGAUCUAGAGAAUGACAUCAAAUCUGAGACAAGUGGAGACUUCAGCAAUGUCCUUCUUUCUCUCUGCAAGGCUGCCAGGAGUGAAGAUCGUAUUGUGCAAGAUGACCUGGCUGACAAAGAUGCCAGGGCCUUGUAUGAGGCAGGAGAGAAAAGAAAAGGCACAGACAGCUCUGUUUUUAUCGACAUUCUCACUACAAGGAGUGCUCCUCACCUGAGGAAAGUUUUCCAGCUUUACUCAAAGUACAGUAAAGUGGAUGUUGCAAAAGCCAUUGAUCUGGAGAUGAAAGGUGAUGUUGAGAACUGCUUGAUUGCUGUUGUGAAAUGUGCUGGAAGCAAACCUGCAUUCUUUGCUGAAAAAAUAAAUCUUGCAAUGAAGGGCUCUGGUUACAAAGGUAAGAUCUUGACCAGAAUAUUGGUGAGCCGCUCUGAGGUAGACCUGGACAAAAUCAAGCAAGAGUAUCAGAAGAAGUUCAGCAAGAGCCUCUACCAGGACAUCCAGGAUGACACAAAAGGAGACUAUGAGAAGAUCCUGCUAGCCUUGUGUGGCAAUUAAUUCCUAAUAAUAAGUCGAACUCUCCAGCUAUCUGUAUAUUAAUUGUAUACACCAAACAGCUGUAACAGAUUGGAAUGAAUUUUGAUAAAUAAAAACUCUUCUCUGUUUAAUGGCAAAGAUUAAUUUACUUUAACUAUAAAAUGUCAAAGUCAAAUGUUAUAGUUUGCUUCCUGAUUAUGCUGGUGUGCAGAGUAUAUAUGAAAAUUAAUACGUUUCCUCAACAUGCGUGUGAAACUGAAAAUGUUAGUCCAAGCUCCUAAACCUCAGCACUUCUAAUGGAUUAUUUUGAAAAUAUAAAUAAGUUUCACCGUAGAACAAAUUUAAGCUUAAACUCAAUUGUUCCCAUUUUUGCAACACUUCAUAGUUCGUAAUAUGCAUUUUUGUAUUAUUUUGAAUUAAUGACUAUAGGCAUUGGCUUAGCAUGUUACGUUAUCAAUCAGCAGAGCAAACAUUAAAAAAAAAUGUUACAUUUUAUUCUACAGCUAGUUGUUAUUCUUCAUCGUGCUCUUAAUUGUACAUUGUGAGACUUUAAAACUGGGUCUUUUUUUUAAGGAACAAAAACAAUUGGCAACAACUGAAAUAAACCUGCACAAAUGUAUUUGUGGUCAAAUCAAAAUUUUGUAACCUAACCUGAUGUGGUUUAUUCUGUCACCCUUAAUUUCUGUAGUAUAAAGUAGGCAUCUAAGUGGAUGCAAUAUACUGUAUAUGUGCAAUGAUAUAAUCAUCCAUUGCACAUACUAAAGACAUUUUGUAUCGAUUCUGAUCAUCUGUAUGAUAUCUAAAUAUAAAUCACAAGAAACAAAUUGUCAUGCACUUGACUGUAGAUUGUAUUGAAUGUAAUUGCCUUCUCAGUUCAUGUGCUGUCAGCUGAUCAAGUUUGUGAUUCCCUGGAACACGGAUAAAUGUAAUGAAAAUAGUUUAAACCUUUAACAAUGUUUACUUUUAAGGAUGGUAAUACAUUUGAAGUGGAUGUUGCCAGGGUCACCCUGUUCCAACUGUGGAGCUAGGCCGGAUAGAUGCCAUCCACAGAUAAAAUCUCAGAAUAAAUACAUCCUGACAAGAUAUUUAUUUAUUUAGCAGUUGACAUGCAUCUGAAACAGUUAAUCCAUGCAUCUUAUCACUUGGCUUGUUGAGCACGUUACUGUGGAGACGUAGCGCAUGUGGAGGCCCACGCUAUUCUCCGCGGCAUCCACGAACAACUCACCAUGCGCCCCACCAACAGCGUGAACCACAUUAUAGCGACCAUGAGGACGUUAACCCAACGUGACUCUACCCAUCCUAGCAACUGGGCCAAUUUGGUUGUUUAGAAGACCUGGCUGGAAUCAGUCAGCACUCCCUGGAUUCGAACUUGUGACUCCAGGGGUGGUAGUCAGUGUCAAUACUCACUGAGCUACCCAGGCCCCUGAAAACCAAGAACUUUUAAUGCCUUACAAACAGGUGGAAAGAGUACUGAAAAAUAAUACUCAACUAAAAGUACUGUUACUUCUUUAAAAAUGUAGUUUGAAUAGAGUAAAUGUACUUGUCCUAAAAACUACUCAAGGAAGCGUAAAAGAGUAGCUCAUUUAAAAGUACUCAUAAGUAGUGAGUAUGAAGUACUGAGUUGCGAAAGCUAUGCCCCUUUAUAAUAAAAACGCUCUGCUGCAAUUUAAAAAUGUAGCACAUAUACCAUCAUUUACAUUCCCUUUUAUGGCUGAAUAAAAAAUACAGGUAUUUUAUAGGUGUUUGUGAUUGACAACUUUUAAAAUACAUCACUAUGAUACUGUAAACACUACAUGAAUCUGAUAAAAAAAAAAAUAAAUAAAUAAAAGGGCGACAUGAUUACAGAAAUGAAAAGAUGAAAAAGUUAUUUUCAAUAUUAUAAUGUAUGAAACAAUUACAUUCAAAUCAGUUUGUGUAGGGUCUAAAUUUUCCUUAAUGCCGACUGAGAGAGUUAUUGUUGCGCUUAAAACAUUUUUAAACGAUGCAAGGAAUGCAAAAAAAAAAAAAAAAAGAAAAGAAAGAAAAUGCUUUGUCACUUGGUGCUUUAUGUCCAGCACAAUAGAGGCGGUACAGCAGUUGUUUGGUACAGGGGCCACAUUGGGCUUUAAAGGAAUAAUCAAUAAUUAAGGUUUUUAUAAUAAUAAUUCAGCACUUUUGGUCCAUACAAUGCAAGUAAAUAGGUGUCAAAAUUUUGAAGCUCCAAAAAUCACACAUGUAUCUGUUUCUCACACACAUCUAUCAUAUAACUUCUGAAGUCAUGGAUUUAACCACUGGAGUCAUAUGGAUUACUUUUGUGCUGCAUUUAUGUGCUUUUUAUGGAGCGUCAAUUUUGGCAUCCAUUCACUUGUGUUGUAUAGACCAACAGAGCUGAAAUAUUCUUCUAAAAAACAUAAUUUGUGUUCUGCAGAAGAGAGUCAUACACAUCUGGGAUGUCAUGAGGGUAAAUACAUGAUGAGAGAAUUUACAUUUUUGAGUGAACUAUUUCUUUAAGUAGCACAUGGGGGGCCACAUUGUCCUCCUUUUGAGAUACAAUGUUCCACAUUGAUGUAGUUCUUGUAUCUUAAGCCCAGAAAUAGUUGUGUGCUAAUGCAUACUUUUCUGAAGUUUAUGACUGGUGGAAUGUUCUGCCUGAAGUAUUACUUUACAAAGAUUGACACUUUUCUAUCAGGCAUUAGAAAAAAACUUGAUAAAGGCUAAGCAUAAUUAUAAAAUAUUUUAUCAUCUCUACAUUCCUUAGUGUUGAGUUUUAAUUACGUGUGAAUUGAUUUGAUGGGAGUCACACUCUCCUGAGCCAGUCAUGUUGAUUGUUAAAAAUAAAAUCAGGACAGGGAAGUAGCGAACACACUGGUGUGAAAAUAGUGCAUUAAAAGUACAGUUACAGCACUUAAAAUGUACUCGAGUAAAAGUUUACAAUUUUUAAACUACUUAAAGUAAAAUUCCUGGGGGAAACUUACAGUAACGUGAGUAUUUGUAAUUUGUUACUUUACACCCCUGGUUACAAAAUAGUUAGACAUCUUAGAGAUCUUCUUGUCAUGAACUUUUGGUUGGUCCAAGAUCCAUUCCAGAAACAAAACUAAAGGUGAUAGCGCUUUUGUUGUGAAGACCCCAUGAUUAUGGAACAGCAUGCCCUGGGAUAUUAGAUCUGCUGAAUCUGUGUCUGUUUUAAAGUCUCGCUUAAAAUGUAAUUUGUAUAGAAUUGCUUUUACUACUAUGUGAAUGUGUUGUGUUUUACUGUGUGUGUUUCAAUUGAAUUCUUUGUGAAGUACUUUAUGCUAAUUCGCCAAAAGUUGUUAUAAAAUAAAAGUUAUUAUUAUAAA